AUGUUAAUCACUUUUUACUUUCUUUCUUUUUAUUUCAUUUCUUAUUUCUGUUUUAUUUACUCUUAUUUUCUCUUUCUUUCAUCAUUGUCCAGCUUUUUUAAGCCUUCCUUUCUUAUGAUCUUACUUUUCAUCGCUCUUCUAUCUUCUCUUUCGUUCGGCUUUUUUUUCAUCCGUGUCUGGUUUUUUUUAGUGUUUCCUUUUUCAACUCUUUUUCACAUUCUCCAUGUUCUUGUCAUUCUCUCGCUUUUUCUCAUUCUUGUCUACUUUUUUGAAUCUCGCUUUUUCAAGUUUUUCUUUUUCUUACUCUUCUAUAUUGUUUUUCCUUUAGAUUUUCUCUUUUUUUUCUUUUUGCUAUUUUCUUUUCCGUGUCUUCUUUCUUUCAAAUCGUUUUUUUUAACUUUUCUAUUUUUGCCUUUCUCAUGUCUUCCUUUGUUUUAUUUCUUGUAUAUCUUCUUUCUUAUGUCUUCCUUUUGGAAAUCUUUCUUUUUUCAGUUGUCCUCCAUUUUUAUUUUUCUCGGAUCUUCCUUCUUCGAAUAUUCUCACUUUUUCUAUCUUCUUAUUUCUAUAUUCUUGCAGCAUUUUCUUCUUUUUGCAUUCAAUUCCCUUUUCAUUCUUUUUUUUUUCAAUUAUUUUCAAAACUCUUUUUCCUACAAUUUUCUUUCGUUUUGUUCCUGCUUUUUUAUUCUCUUGAUCUCUUUCUUCUAUCUUCGUCUAUCUUCAAAAAAUAAAUAA